AUGUCAUCAUCCAACACCGACACCUCGACCACCACCACGAGUGGUGACAAUACACCCUCCACUUCCACCACAACCCAGACCAACUCUUCCACCACUACAUCCUCAUCCUCAUCCUCCACGUCAACGACUUCAAAGACCACCGAUAGCUCUGGGUACUCCUACAUUGAGCGGCUCAGAAUCGAGGGACAAGCGCAGUACUGGUUGGGGCCGGAGAAGAAGAGCAGUUAG